AUGUACUUGCUGGUAUACGUUGACGAUCUAAUUCUUACUGGCAACAAUGACUCUGAUAUUAACACCUUUAUCUCUCAUCUUAAUCAUGAGUUUGCUAUUAAAGAUUUGGGUGCUCUAAAUUAUUUCUUGGGUCUUGAAGUUGCCUACACUGACAAGGGCUUAUUUCUCACUCAAGCUAAAUAUGCUCAAGAUAUUCUUCACCGUGCUGAUUUGUAUGAUGCCAAACCUGUCAGCACUCCCUUAACUCCUCAUGAGUCGUUCACUGUUGAUGGAGAACCCUGCACUGAUCCUACGGCUUACAGGUCUUUGGUUGGAGCUUUGCAAUAUCUUACCAUUACUCGUCCUGACUUAUCCUAUGCUGUUAAUCAAGUCUCUCAGUUUCUUCAUGCUCCCACGGUUGCUCACUUUCAAGCUGUUAAACGGAUUCUUCGGUAUGUUAAAGGCACCCUCUCUUUUGGUUUAACUUAUACUCGGCCUCAUACAUCCUCCAUUAUUGGCUAUUCGGAUGCUGAUUGGGCUCGUUGUUUGGAUACCCGCCGUUCCACUUAUGGCUAUUCUAUUUUCUUCGGGGGUAAUCUUGUCUCUUGGAGUGCCAAGAAACAACCCACAAUCUCUCGUUCUAGUUGUGAAUCAGAAUAUCGGGCAAUGGCGAAUACUGUUGCUGAAAUUGUUUGGAUUACUCAUCUUCUUAGAGAACUUCAUGCUUUGCCUCCUGAUCGGCCUACUUUGCUUUGUGAUAAUAAAAGUGCCUUGUUCAUGACUCAGAAUCCGGUCUCCCACAAGCGAGCAAAACAUAUUGACUUAGAUUAUCAUUUUAUCAGGGAACUUGCUUAUUCGGGGAAGCUUUAUACAAAUUUGUUCCGACCAAUCUUCAGGUGGCAGAUAUCUUUACUAAAAGUCUUCCGCGUGCGUCGUUCGAACGGUUUCGUGCUAUGUUGCAUCUUGGGCCGCCACCAUUCCGAUUGA